AGUCUGACGAAGCAGGACGAGGUUCUGUACUCGCCGUGUUUUGCGGAACUGUUCCAGUCUUCCCCCGCCAACUGCGCUAAACUCUUUUCCAUUCCCUUUGCGAGAAGGUGGCCCGUGAGUUAGCGACUUUCUCGGCGUCGAUUCGGCGCAGCUUGCUCGCAUUUCUUAUUUCGUUCAUAGCAAUUUCAACGGAAAUAUAUCUACCAGUCUUCGUGAACAACAACGCCAAAUCUCUCCCAUUUUUUAGUUCUACUGUAGGCUAGCGUGUGCUGAUGCACACCUGCGUACUGCGAUUUCGUUUUGUCUCGUAUUCAGCGAUUCGUAAAUAGCUCGGCUAGCGAUUUGCCUCUGCCAUCUCGAAAGUAGCGCGAAACUUACUGCAUAGGUUAGAUAUCGGCCUCUCAUCCAGGCACAAGCGUUUGGCCGGCUUUGGGCUUGCAAGCUCGUCCAUUCUAAAGGUGUCCUGUCCGGUCUGCUGACUCACGGCUUGGAUAAGAUAUCUGACGCGUCGCGUCUACGGACUCACGGCUUGGAUAAGGAAUCGGACGUGUCGCAUCUGCUGACUCAGCGCUUAGAUAAGAUAUCUGACGUGUCGCGUCUUCUGACUCACGGUUGUGGAUAAGAUAUCUGACGUGUCGCGUCUGCUGACUCACGGCUGUUGAUUAUGGAGCAGAAUAUCCUAUCAGGGCUCGACCACAGCCUGCGAUCUUCCUCCCAGUUUAAUAAUCCCGCCCAGUUCAACAAUCCUUCACAGUUCAAUAAUCCUGUAAAUUCCAUGCACUCGGGAAUGGCCGACCCGAUGAGUCAGUUCGGAAUGCCGAACCAGGCCGGGCAGUUCGGAAUGCCGAACCAAACCGGGCAGUUCGGGAUGCCGAACCAUACCGGACAGUACGGAAUGGCGAGUCUCAACGGACAUCCGGGACUGGCAGAUCCCUCAAGGCAGCUCGGAUCGGGAGACCCCACGAGGCUGUCCGGCUCCCCGGAUCCCGCCAAGCAGCGAGCAAUGUCUGUUCAAAUGGAGGCGUGGGGCUCCUCCGCCCAACGGAACCAGUCUGCACCCCCGGUUACCGCACCCCCUAUGUCGGAGCAACUCACUCAAGUCCCACUGGACAACCCGGAGAGCCAGGAGCGCGCAGCCAAGGACCAGCAGCUGAAGGCGACGGAGACGAGUCUGCGCACCAAGGAGGAGGAGCUGCGGCGCAUGCAGGAGGCGGUGGAGAAGCGUGUGGCGCAGCAGGUGACGCGUGUGGAGCAGGAGGCGACCAAGCUGCAGCAGCUGAGGAAGGAGCUGGAUACCAUAGAGGACCCCACCAAGAAGGAGGUGGCAGAUCUGCGGAAGCGGAUAGAGCUGGUGGACAGGGAGCUCAGGCCCAUGCGGACGCUGGUGGAGAGGAAGGAGAAGGAGCUGAAGGACGCGACCACGGCGUACAACAACAAGAACGCUCAGAAGUCAGAGCUGGUUGGCAAGUUGUUCGAGAUUGUGACGGAGAGUGAGCGGCAACGGCUGGCAAAGCUAGAGGAGAUCACCGCGCUGCUGACACAGAUGGAGCGGAAGGAAGGGGGGCAGUGAGUUACGGGGGGUGGGGGGGGAGAAAGAGGGGAAGUGGGAGGAAAGGGGAGCAGGCACAGCAGUGCUGGCAAAGCUGGAGGAGAUCACAUCGCUGCUGACACAGAUGGAGCGGAAAGAAGGGGGGCAGUGAUCCAGGAGGAGAAAAGAGAGUGUGAAUUGGGAAGAGAGGGGAAGAAGGGAGCAGGGGAGGGGGGGUGGGGAGAGGGGGGGGGGGGGGGAUUGGCAUGCAGGAAACGCUGGUGAAGUUGGAGGAGAUGACAGCAUUGCUGGCACAGGUUGGGCUCCAAAGGGGAGUUAAGCGAGAGGAGGAGAGGAGGUGCAGUAAGGAGAAGCAUCCUGGGACUUGGGCUUUAAGCUGGCUGGUAGCUGAGCAUGCUGGACAGCACCAGCAUGGCAUGUAAGGAUGGAAACGGCAGUGGCACUAGCAAAAGGUGGGAGAUGACAAAGGGCUUUGGCACAAUAGAGACUUGGGUGCAGCCUGAGAGGUUGAUGUGGAAAAUGUGGGUAUCCUUAUGUGAUGUCACUACAGUAGAGGAAAGGGGAGAGACCGUUGGUUAGUGAAGAGGUAGUGAAGGUGGUUGUAACCUGUUCUCCAUAUUUAUGUGUGCUCAUGCUUCCACAUGCAUUAACGGAAUC